CAUGACGCUGGGCUGCGGGAUUCUGGGGGGUGACUCCGGUGCGCGGCGCAAAGGCACAAAGGCAGAGCUCAGUGACGAUGAACGCGGAGCCGGAGCGCGCGGAGGAGCCGGAUCUCGAGGAGGAGCCGGGUACGUGCGUCACGCGGCUUUACGCGCGUCAGAGCGUUUGUGCCGCGAGCUCGAGCGUGACACGUGAAGCUUUAAAGGCUGUUCAGACCCAGACCCAGUCCAGAGCGAAGGAGGAAACCCCCGAGAGUCGACAGAUUAAAGAGGAGGCAGAGGAGCCGAGCGUGAAACAGGAGGAAGAGCCGCUCCCGGAGUUCACCGCCGUGUGUGUGAAGAGCGAAGAGCCGUCCUCGCUGCUCCGACCGAGACAAACCGAGGCCCGAGAGGAAGAGGAGCGGCCGACGCGCGCACACGGACACUUCCCCUCGCGCGCCGACCCGCAAACCGACUGCUCCUCUGAUACGGACGACGACGAAGACUGGGAGGCUCCGGCCGCCGCUUCCACCGCGCGCACGGAGACGGAGGAGCACGGAGAGCGCGACGAACGAACGCCGAGGACAGACGCGAGUCCGGCCGAGCGCGAAACCAACCCAAAAGAAUGUCCCUUCUGCAGAAAGAAAUGCAGAACCAAACAGGAUCUGCUAAGACACACGAGAGUUCACUCUGGAGAGAAACCUUACAGCUGUGCAGUCUGUAACAAAACUUUUACGCUCAAAUUCAACCUCAAAGUUCACAUGAGAAUUCACACGGACGAGAAACCUUUCAGCUGUUCGGAGUGCGGCGCGAAGUUCACUCAGAAACAUCGUCUUACGGAGCACAUCAGGACGCACACGGGCGAGAAACCUUACAGCUGCCCAGUCUGUAACCGCGGCUUUUCCCGAAAUGGCAAACUCAACGAGCACGUGCGCACUCACAGCACGGACAAACCCUUCAGCUGUACAGUCUGCCACAAGGGAUUCCGGCAGAAGGAUUACCUCAAAGAUCACAUGAGAAUACACACGGGUGAGAGACCAUUCAGCUGUUCGGAGUGCCACGCGGAGUUCAGAUACCAGAGCAACCUCAAGUAUCACUUAAAAAUCCACGCGAAGGAAAACACCUAGACACUAGACAAGAAAAUGUGUUUUUAAUUCACUUUUUCAUCUCUGAACGCCGCGUUAAAGACGAAAUAUUCUGAUAAAUCAACUUUUGGAGCAGUUCACGCCCCAAAAAAGUGUAACAUUCUCUCUGUAAAUGUUUCAAAUCAACAAAAAUAAAACUCAUUAGGUUCUUUUUUCCGACUCUGGGUUUGAAAAAAGAACCGUACAACAUUAAUUAUCAUGACUAAAAAUAAAACUCUUCUCCCGUAAAACACAGAAACUUUCUGAGGCUCAAGAGUGAAAAACUACUCGAGUAAAUGUACUGUGAUUUUAAAUAUGACUCAUGUGUUGGUAAAAGAGUGAUCAAGUGUUUUUUUUUAUUGUGAAUGUAUUAAAACAAACAUUAAACGAUGUGAUCAUUUCGUUUUCUGUUCAAACUUUAACUCGAGGAGAACGAGCUGUUUUUACUUUAAUCACACUCGUCUCGUCUUCGUUACGAACUUUAAACACUUUUAAAUAAAUCUCACUGAAGUCACAUAAAAGAAAAGGUUUAUAACUGUGAGCACCGAGUUUCCGAUCGACUUUGUGCGCAUCGUUUUCUCCAGCGGCUUCAUAAAUCUGCCUCAUCACUGAAUCUUCAACCGACAAGAAGAAUUUAUCCAAAACUGUCAAGAG